AUGCUCUCUUUCUGCCCAUAUUGUAAUAAUAUGCUGCCUGUCAGCAAGGCAGACUCUGGUAUAUAUAAGAUGAGCUGUCCAUCUUGUCCGUAUGACUUUCCUAUUGAAGGCAUCGAAAUCUAUGACAGACAAGAUUUACAGCGUAAAGAAGUUGAUGAUGUAUUAGGGGGGGAAGGAGCAUGGGAUAACGUUGACCAGACAGCGAUACAGUGUCCUAAUUAUGAUUCAUGUGGAGGUGAAAAAGCCUAUUUUUUUCAACUGCAGAUUCGGUCUGCGGACGAGCCGAUGACCACUUUCUACAAAUGCGUAAGUUGUGGUAAUAAAUGGAGAGAAAACUAA